AUGCUGAAGCGAAAACUCUUGUGUCGGAGGACAAUGAGUGAAUGUUUGGAAUCCUAUUGGGGCAUGUAUUUUAUGAAAUCGGAUCGGAAUGGAAAUAGAGGGCGCAAUGAAUUCAUUUUCAAUGAAGGUUCUUGUCGUCAAAAUUAUCAUCAUUUCUUUAGCAGUACUUGGCAGAGUAGUAAUUCUUCAUCAUCAAGGGCUAUCACAACGGAAAAUAUUAAUUUAAAUACAAAUGAUUAUCAGACAAAUUCCACAAUGAAAAAUAUUGCGGAAAAUUCUCAAUCACAAAAUCAGAAUAUUAAUACUAUCAUAGCUGAUGAUGAAAAAACGGCCACCUUAUCCACUCAACAGGAGAACCCUAUAAAUCCCUUUGUAUUUAAUAAUAGAAAGUCUCUUCGACAUUUAUCGGAGGAGGAAAAAGAAGCCAUUCUGUUAGAUAUGGAAGUAAACUGGAAAGACCACUUUCCCACUUUGUGGAGCUACCCAAGAAAGAUGAAUCAAUUGUAUGACAUUUCAACAGUUGACGGCUUUGUUAAAGCACAGAGAAUAUUGCACAUUGAAAGUAAUCAUAUAUACGAAUACAAAGCAUGGAGAUAUUUUUCAAGAUCCCUAACAAUCAUUUUGACUGUCUCCAUCAUCUAUGCGUAUUAUGCUAAAAUUAAAGAACAAGACGCACUAAUUGAAAAAUAUUAUUCACAGAAUUCACAUUUAAUGAAGAAGGCUUUGGAACAUCAAAAAUUUGAAAUCUCAGACCAGGAAGCAGAGGAGAGAUUGUUGCUUAUGGAAAAAAAGAAGGAACAACAAUCAACCGGUACUGCAAAUCUAAAAAAACUGAGAGAUCGGUUUGACAAGUCACAACUUGGAGAAGCAAAAUUAUUCUCAGUAGGAAUUGAUUAUUAUGCGGAGCUAGAAAGGCAAGCAAAAUUGGAAGCCAUUGAAAAACAAAAGCGAGAACAUGGAGAGACACCAAAACCAUACGUGUUUUACAAUGAUCGGUAA